CUGGGAGGGCAGCGUACGCGCCGUGCGGCUGACGGAGCGCGCCGGGCUCUUCCGCGUCGGCGCCCGGGCUAACGGCGUCAGCUCGGCGUCGAGCAACGCCAGCAGCGCCGGCGUCUACGCCGUGCCACUCGCUCAACUCUACGCUGGUGCCUGGGCUAUGCGGCCAUUGCAGGACUGCAAGCAGGCGCGCCUGUCGCGCACCAAAACAGCUCACUUCUUCGACCUUGUUGAGCACAAUGGCAGGAUCACCCUGGCCGUGUCGGUGAGCAGACGCGUGCUGAUUAUGGCGGAGGAGGAGCGACUCGACAACGAGAACGGCUUCGACUACGUACACAUCAAGGAUGUGAUGCUUGGUGAGGUCCCGUCGCUGAUUAAGUAUUUGAACUACGACUCGGGCGUAAUUGUGGCCGGGUACAAACAUCACUGGGAGGUCGUUGACUGCGGCAGUGGGCAGUGCGUGAAACGAGCUGACAACGCAGAGCAGCGCCGCGGCACCCUCGUGAACGCGCUGCGAAUAGGCGACGAGCGAGAUCGCCAGAUCGUGCUCUGCUACAACCAUACUUGCCACUUCGAGAGGCUGACCAACCGCGGGCUGGAGAGCGAAGCUGAGUACGACUUCCACUGGACCUCCGUGCCGCUGGCAGUCGUAAACGCGUUCCCAUACAUAAUGGCGUUCGCCGAAGACUUGCUGGAGAUACGUCUGGUGGCGAACGGUUCGCUGGUGCACGCCGCCUGUAUCCCCGGCCUUAAGCUGCUGUGUGGACAACGCGAUAUAUUCUACGUGGCCUGCGCGCCUGAGUACGUGCCCCUGAACGAUGACGACGAGGCCAACCUAGGGCUGCCUCCCGAGAGCAUGGAGCAGAUCCGGCAGCGGCAGCAACCCUACUCCGUUGACGGAGACGACAGCAGCAACGAGCCGAGCACGAGCGCCGCGGCCCGCGCCGCAGACGCAGCGUCAGCGUCGAGUCGCAGCAGCUCGAUGUCGUCAGAGCACGACUCUAUACGGCCGCCGCUGCAACGCACGGCGAGUGUGUCCCCGCCUAACUCCCCGCAAGUAUCAAGCUCGACUUCGACCGAGCAACCGCCGACGCCGCCAACCUCUACGUCGUCGUCCCGCUGCGUGCGAGUGUACAAGAUCCCGCACGGCAACCUCGGCGCGGGGGCCUACGCACGCCAGUCGGUGUCUGUGGACCAGCCACGGCCUCAAGGCGCGGCGGCUCUACUCCAAGCAGCAGCAUUAAUGCCGCAUCGGGUCCAGGCGGCGGCCGCGCGCGCCCCAGAGCCGCAACCCGGGCCCUCGGGGCUCCAGCGCCAUGACUACCAGCGCCCCACCACCUCGCGCGCCUCCGAACCCAGACCUUCCACCUCGAGGGACUAAACCGCACUAUGGAACUGAUUCUAGUCUAUUUACAAACUUUACUGUGUUAUUGAUACCUUUGAAGUAUACCAAAUAUAAUGUUUCAUUUGUUCGUCAUGCACGCCGCACGCCCCGCCCCGC